GCACCACAUGUUUAUUCACUUAUAAAUAACGAAAAGGAACGAUACCUCUCCUUUCUUUUUUUUUAAUUUAUCACAUUUACUCAAUACCUAUAUUUAUUGAGAAGCUAGUAUAGUCAUGGCUCGUAAUAACAACAACGGCAAAAAGACACCCUUACUCACUCAUCUUGUUGCUGGUGGUGCUGCUGGUUUUAUGGAGGCAUGUACUUGCCAUCCUCUCGACACCAUCAAAGUCAGAAUGCAGUUGUCAAAGUCAGGUUAUAGAAACGCAAACGGACAAAGACUUGGAUUUCUUGGAGUGGGUGCUAGAAUUGUUCGAAAUGAAUCAUUCUGGGCAUUGUAUAAAGGUUUAGGUGCUGUUGUAUCAGGUAUUGUGCCUAAGAUGGCUAUUCGCUUCUCGUCUUUUGAGCUUUAUAAGUCAUGGAUGGCUGAUGACAAGGGCAAUGUCAGUACCUCUGCCGUAUUUUUUGCUGGCCUUGCUGCUGGUACAACAGAAGCUGUUCUGGUUGUUAGUCCUAUGGAUCUCAUCAAAAUCCGCUUGCAGGCUCAACGUCAUUCCAUGGCCGAUCCUUUGGAUAUACCCAAAUACCGUAACGCACCACAUGCGGCUUAUACCAUCAUAAAGGAGGAGGGGAUCCGAGCAUUGUAUAAAGGUGUUACCUUAACUGCUCUCAGACAAGCUACCAAUCAGGCUGCGAACUUCACAGCAUAUCAAGAGAUGAAGAAAGUGGCCAAAAGAAUUCAAGAUGUGCCUGAACUUCCUUCUUACCAGCACUUGAUAUUAGGAGGCGUGUCAGGUGCCAUGGGCCCUCUUUCCAAUGCUCCUAUUGAUACUAUUAAGACCCGUAUCCAAAAAUCUUCUGCUCCAGGUAGUGGUUUGGAAAGAUUCAAGGCUGUUACCACCGAAAUUAUGAGGAAGGAAGGAUUUUUUGCUUUCUACAAAGGUUUAACUCCUCGUUUAUUGAGAGUUGCGCCUGGUCAAGCCGUCACAUUUAUGGUUUAUGAAAAAGUGAAGAGCCUUAUUGACAUGUUCAGAGAACGGGUGAAAGAAAAUGAAUUGACCACUAAACUAGCACCUAAAUAGCUAUGCUUCUUCUAGCCCCACCACAGGGAAUUUUUGAACUUUUAAACGCCCAACACCUUACAAUAUUACGCAAUAAAAAACCCUAUUCUUCUGAACAUUUCGAACUGCAUUCUUGGAAUAAAUCACUGCGAAAAACAGUUUGCGAUUAAAAGCAACACCGAGCAAAAUGCCCC